CCCCCCCGCGCUGCUCCCGCUUCUCCCGAGGCGGCUUCGGGGGUCCCUGCCCGUCCCCCCGUCGCCGUCCGGGGCCUUUUCCUGCCCCCCGCUCCCCCCUCUGUCCCUUUCCCCUCCUGUCCCUCCCCGCAGGGCCCCCAGCGCUGCUGGAACUGCCCCUCCAGAGCCCAUCUGCUCAUCCUCAUCAUCCUCGGGCAGGGCCCCCCCCGCCACCCCUCGGUGUCCCGGGGGGACCGUCCCAGCUCCCCAGUGCCCCGUCCCCUCCUGCGAAGCCUGCGCUGGUUCCUGGGGUCGUUGUGCUCUGUCACGGGGAGGGGGGAAAGGCAUUUUUAGGGCCAGAGCUCCUGGGGUAAGUUCGUGGGGUCCCCGGGUGGCCUGAGAGCGGGACAGGGUGACAAGGGCAGCGGGGCAGGGUGACAAGGGCAGUGGGGUGGGGUGACAAGGGCAGCGGGACAGGGUGACAGAGGCAGCGGGGCAGGGUGACAAGGGCAGCGGGACGGGCGGGAUGGCCGAGCUCAGGUGGGAAUUGCCGGUGCUGGGAAUACAAACCGGCCAGCUCCGGGGGCUCCGAACGAUGCUGCGGGUGCCGGGGAGGCAGAGGAGCUGCCGAGAAUCCACGAGCCCCUUGCCCUGCCAGUUUCUGGAUGCCGAGCGCCUCCUGCUCCCGCAGCUGAUGAAUGCGUGAAGAAGCAGCUGACCAGGAAAGGGACACUUAAGCAGCUGCUAAGAUGGGCAUGAGGAUCAAGUUGCACAGCACCAACCACCCCAACAACCUGCUGAAGGAACUCAACAAGUGCCGGCUCUCCGAGACCAUGUGCGACGUCACCAUCCUGGUGGGCACCCGCUCGUUCGCCGCGCACAAGGCCGUCCUGGCCUGCGCCGCCGGCUACUUCCAGAACCUCUUUCUGAACACGGGGCUGGACGCUGCUCGGACCUACGUGGUGGAUUUCAUCACGCCGGCCAACUUCGAGAAGAUCCUCAGCUUCGUGUACACCUCGGAGCUCUUCACCGACCUCAUCAACGUGGGCGUCAUUUACGAGGUGGCCGAGCGGCUGGGCAUGGAGGACCUGCUGAAGGCUUGUCACUCCACCUUCCCCGACCUGGAGAGCUCGGCCAUCACCAAGCAACCCUCGCUGGCCGUGGGCGAGGGCCGCUCGGGUCCUCUGAGCAGCACCUCCUCGGACCAGAGCCACUCGCUGGGUGAAAUCCGGGGCGCCGGGGAGCAUUUUGGCCCCGAACGGAAUUACAUCUUGCACGGGGAAGCGGCCGGUGGCUACAAAGAGGAUGACAGGAACGCGGCGAUCGAAGCCAGCCAGGCUCUUCCCCUGCUGCAUUCCCAGCAGCCUCCCAAGACGGAGCAGGAGUCGGAUCAGGGGCAGUUUGCUCCUGCGGCGAGCGCGGCCGCCCAGCCCAGCCUGGCCGGGGUGAACAUGGUUGUUCCGAACACCACAAGCUCCUGCCAGCAGUAUAAGGUCCAGAGCAACGGUGACUACGGCAAGGGCGGCUUCUUUACCGCUGACCCUUCCCUGGACGUCUCCACGGGGAGCAACUCCUGUCCCAGCAACAGCGACCACUCCAAAGAUCAAGCGUUUGGGCAGAUGGACGAGCUACAGCUGGAGGAUUUGGGUGAUGAUGAACUGCAUUUCGAAGAUGCCAGCGAGGAGCUGGGCCCGUCGGAAGAGGUCAUUGAGCUGAGCGACGACAGCGAAGAGGAGCUGGCCUUUGAGAACGACAGCCGGGACAGCAAGGCCAUGCCCUGCCAGGUGUGCAAGAAGGUCCUGGAGCCCAACAUCCAGCUGAUCCGCCAGCACGCCAGGGAUCACGUCGAUCUCCUCACCGGCAACUGCAAGGUCUGCGAAACCCACUUCCAGGACCGCAACUCCAGGGUCACCCACGUCCUGUCCCACAUCGGCAUCUUCCUCUUCUCCUGCGACAUGUGCGAGACCAAGUUCUUCACGCAGUGGCAGCUGACGCUGCACCGACGGGAAGGGGUGUUUGACAACAACGUCAUCGUCCACCCCAGCGACCUGUUGCCGGGGAAGGCCGUGGCGUUCGGGGGCGCGCCCGGCGCGGAGCUGGCGUGCGCUGCCUGCGGGAAGCCUUUGGCCAAGGAUUUCCACACCGUCCGCAGCCACAUCCUGGACCACGUGAACUUGAAAAGCCAGAUGUGCGGCGUGUGCGACCAGAGGCACCUCAGCCUCUGCAGCCUGAUGUGGCACACCCUGUCCCACCUGGGCAUCGCCGUCUUCUCCUGCUCCGUGUGCGCCAACAGCUUCGUGGACCGGCAGCUCCUGGAGAAGCACUUGGCCGUCCACCAGAACGUGGAGGAGGCUCUUUUCCGCUGCCACUUCUGCGGCCAGAGCUUCAAGCUGGAGGCGGCGUAUCGGUACCACGUCAGCCAGCACAAGUGCGGCGGCGGCCUGGAGAUCCGCCCCGGUUUCGGCGAGCGGCUCCAGCCGCCGGGCCUGCAGAGGAGGCGGCUGCCGGAGGAGUUCCUGAGCGAAGAUUUGGCGCUGCCCAGCCAGCCGGGCAACAGCAAGUACAGCUGCAAGGUCUGCGGGAAGAGGUUCGCCCACACCAGCGAGUUCAACUACCACCGGCGCAUCCACACCGGGGAGAAGCCGUACCAGUGCAAGGUGUGCCACAAGUUCUUCCGCGGCCGCUCCACCAUCAAGUGCCACCUGCGGACGCACUCGGGGGCCCUCAUGUACCGCUGCACGGUGUGCGGGCACUACAGCUCCACGCUCAACCUGAUGAGCAAGCACAUCGGCGUGCACAAGGGCAGCCUCCCCCCGGACUUCACCAUCGAGCAGACUUUCAUGUACAUCAUCCAUUCCAAAGACGCGGAGAAAACCGCGGACAGCUGAUGGGGCCGGCAAAGGAGCAAACGCUAAUUACGGAAGCUGUGGAAAAAGUGUCAUUUAUUUUAUUUAAUGGUCAGGCGUCAUGGAUGGAAUCCUCUUCUGUUUGGUUUAUUUUUUCAGCCUUGCCAGGGCUUAUUUGAGAUUGGUGGCGUUGUACAAAUUAACAGCACGUAAGCUACAUCACUGUUUCAAGGAGUCUGUCGUGUUUACUUACCUCCGGUCCUGUUAGAGGCCAUCGAGUUAUGUGUUUUUAGCAUUUCUCACUAGGUUUUGAAUCUAGAUGAUCUAUAUUUUUUGUAACCUUUUAGCCCAUUCGACUAGGCUAACCCUCAGUUUGAGCUUGGCCACAAACUGAUGCUGCUAAGAUUUUCCACACCUGACCUCAGCGGAGAGGGACAGAGCCAGAGCAGGAUGGUGCUGGACUCGGAGAGAAGGAUCAAAAGGAAGAGGAAAAUGGAAAGAAACAAAAACAAACGACUUGUUGUGGGCAUCACUGGGGUUCUGCUGCUAUUGCGAGGAGAUGAGCAAAGUGUCGCAGCGGCGGUCGGGAGCGGAAGCAGCGUGAGUGUGUGGGACCGGGGAGGGUCGGAGGGUGGUUGUGGCCGCAGGGGCGGCUCUGGCAUGGCCACGGCUCCGCGAUCGGCUCCGGGAGCUCUGCCCGGUGCCCGGGAGGAGCCGAAGAGCCGGAGCAGCGCGUCCCGCGGCCACUGGAAGCGGCGCCGCUGCGGAUCCGGCGCGGCGAAGCUGUUGCCUUAACUCCCAGGAAGGUCCCUUUGCCAGGACUCUGCUCUCAGCCCGAGGGGUUCGCCGCGGCCCGGACGCGCCUCGCGGCAAACUGUCGGCGCGGCGCGACGCGGGCGCGCUCGCCCCUCGCCGAAUUGCGCCGCGGCUUCGGCGGCCGCUCCUGGGGCUCGGCCCCGUGUUUACCGCAGGAAGGGUGCGGAUCGGCUCCUUCCCGUGUUGUCCUGCUGUGGGGCAGAGGUGGAGCCGAACAAACAUUUCCGACGCCGCAGCACGAGUUCUGACUGCCCUUAGGUAACUCGUUCUACCUCACAAACAGGAAGCGCUCGGGGCUCUCGAGCCGCGGUCGUAGCGAACGGGCUCCGGCGCUUCUGUAAAGAUAAGCUGUUACAAAACAAAACUAGUGAUUUGCAAACCCCGUCAGCUCAUCCCGCUUUCCCCUCGCGGCGGAGGGACGAGGAGCGGCGCGGGCCGGAGGGACGGGAAUGCCCGGGGGCCGCUCUCCCCGCUCCGCUGUGGCCUUGGGCAAGUCACUUCACCCCUUUGCCUCAGUUUCCUCAUCUGUAAAAUGAGGGUGGUGACACUUGUGGUACGUACCUACCUCCUGGGAGCGCGGCGGAGCGAGAUGCAAAGCGCCUGGCGAGUGCUGAUGUUGGGCAUCCCCGGGAAGCGCCAGCUCCAUCCUUUGCUGUUCCGUAGCAGUUCCUCGACGUGGCAGUGUUAUUUUCCUCCUGUUUCCCCCAGUCCCUGUAUUAUCGGCCAGGUUUGGGGCCGGCCGCUGUCACCCCGGGGGUUGUGACACCGCACUUGGCCCCAUUUCAGUGCCUGGAGCCUGACGUCUGCCACCGGGGCUCUGGUUUGCAAACCUGUGACCGAGCAGUGUUAGCUCAGUGUUGGUAAGUUCAGAAUAAUAAUAAUAAUAAGUAUUUUGAGCCCGCGCGGCGCGACGUGGGAACCGAGGUGGCGGCUCCUCGUGGUGUUACGGGGUUUGGCCACAACCUGCCCUGCGCUGGAUGAAGGACGAGGGGGCAGCCGAGGGUUUGGAAACCACGUCCUUAGAGCCUCGGGACCCUCCUCGAGCGUCCCAAAAGCUUUUGGGACGGGGCGGGCGCCGCCGCGCGCGUGGAGCUAAGCUGUGAAGCAACAGCCUUUUGUGCACAUGAACCAAAAAAGAGAAGCUUUUCCACUGAAACCCCAAGCGAUCCCACCCUCCCGACGCCCGCUCCGUGUUCUGGUUGGUUUGGGGGUGAAGGGGAUGCGCUCGGGCGUUGCGGCGUCUUGGAUUCUUUCCUGUGUUGUCAGGAAUCGAGACCCCGACACAAAAUCCCCCCGAAAGGCAUUUGAGCUUGAGCUUAUUCCCAUUCCUCCAGCAAAGCUCAGUUUGAUUCCCCUUUUCUCAAAGGAUCCAGGUCUCUUAUCAGAAUAAUUAAGCAGAAGAAAGAAACAGAGUUGAAUUGCUGUCUAACCUUUUUGUUAAGUUAAUAGUAGGUACUGACCUCCUGAUAUUUAAGUGUUUACUAUCUAUUUGCUGUAAAGUUUUGUAUAUUUUGUAAACUUUCCCCCCCAAAUAGUAGAUGUCUAAAAUCGUUGUACAUCGGGUUCUUUUAUACUCCAUUGUUCAGCACAAAGUGUGGUUUUUAUUUAGAAUAAUAAAACGGAAAACGUUGA